AUGGCGAUCAAGCCCAUCGUUCUAAUUUUCAUCUACGGACAACUGUGGUGGAGCCACGCCGCUGGAAAGACAAAGGGGCCUGCAAGUGUGUCGCUCAAUGCUGAACCCCGCAACUCUCCAUUUCAAGGAAGUCAAUCAAAAGACCUUAUCAAAAAUGAACAGCAAUCGUCUACCAGCAAGCCCCAGCUUCCCACCACAACAAAAGAACCUAAACUUGCAGAUGAACAUUUUAUAGCCGCUGUGGUCAUUGGGGUCAUCUUGCUGCUCAUGAUCCUGAUUAUCGUUGCCAUCUUCCUUUGGAGGCAACGGAAAAAGUCAAAUGUACCUCUUCCCCACUGGGCAGGACGCUCCCCGUUUGCCGAUGGAGACAUGCCUGACCUUACGGUAGAUAAGGAACCUGUGCAAGGUAUAAAGCGGAUGUCCGUUCUCUCUCUUUUGCCAUGGAAAUUUAGCAAGGACACACAACUGCUGGAAAAUGCAGAAGGACAACUGUCAGAAUCAAGGAAGACCUUGGAUGUUCCACACGGAUCUGGUGAGGCAGGUACAGAGAGCGAGUCAAGCCACACUGCCACGGCAACCUUGGAUUCUUCAACCAGCAACCAAACCCAAAUUUCCGAGGAACUAAACAACUUAACCGGCAUUUCACUCCAGCCUGAGAGUCCAAGGCUACAAGAUCUUCCUUUGUCCAGCUGGCCCAGUGGAGUCAAUGGGGAUAUUUUUACUCCUAAAUCCUAUCCCAUGGAACAACACGUAGAGAUCCAGUGCUCUCUAUCACCUGAUCUGUCCCAACAAAAUGUCGAUGAAACAGUGUUACUUCCUCCACCGCCAGAAGAAUUUUUGUGUAACUGAUUUUUAUAGAUA